UCUGAUCCUCCGAGACCUUGAAACCCUCUUACUAGACACGAUCCGGCCAUAACCAUCCUAUCUCAAUUCAUCUCCCAGCGUCCGGGAUCCACGCGCCCCUGAUUGUCAGGCUGGCCCACAUUGGAACAACGGACACCAUCUCAUCAGUCGGCGCCACGGAAAGCAUCUCAAUCUCGUCCCCUUGACGCCGAGGAGCAGUUUCGUCACGUUAUAGCACGAUCGUUCUGAGCACCAUGGCGCCCGAGACGCAUCCUCCUAAACUUCGACCAACGUCCGCUGGCUUGAAACAGGUUGAUCCGUAUUGGUACCCAUACACGACGUGGGCGAAGCUACGGUGGUACAAUCGCGAACUCUUGGAAGUGGUCUCGACCGAGUUCAGAGACAGGUCGAUGGAAUAUUACAAAUACGCUUUGGAGUCCGGGGUAACGACCGUCAAUGGGAAGGUUGCGGGCCCUAAAACGAUCAUCAAGAACGGAGACCUUAUAGAAAACAUUGUCCAUCGGCACGAGCCUCCAGUGACAGCUACGCCAGUCAGAGUUUUACACCACGAUGUCGAGCGCGAGUUUAUUGUCGUUGACAAGCCUGGGAGCAUCCCUGUUCAUGGGACUGGGAGAUAUUUCAAGAACACCCUGAUCGAGAUCCUCAAGGACGAGUUUGGAUUCAGGACAUUUCCUGUAAAUAGACUGGAUCGACUCACCUCCGGCUUAAUGAUCCUCCCCCUCUCGUCUGAAUGCGCCAAGACGAUUGCUAGAGAGUUUGAAGUCAAUACAGUGCAGAAAGAGUACAUCACUCGAUGCAAGGCGAGUUUCCGGCGGGCGUGACGGUGUGCGAGGAGCCGCUGUUGACUGUCGACCGUCAGAUGGGGUUGAAUAUCGUCCAUCCCGAGGGAAAGCCGGCGAAGACAGUUUUCGAGCGCAUUCGAUACGAUGAAAAGACUGAUAGCACGGUGGUCUUGUGCAAACCAUAUACGGGACGAUCACACCAAAUCCGGGUACAUCUUCAAUUCCUCGGGCAUCCCGUCGCCAACGACCCGGUCUACUCUGAAACCAAGAUCUGGGGAUGGCCUUGGUGUAGGCGGCAUCGACACAACACCGAGCGACGAACGAGCAGCGCCUCAGCCGCCGCCACAUCUGGAGUCAGAAGGACUGGGGAAUCCAGAGUCUCUGGCGCAGACCGGCCCGGGGGAGCCGGCCGAAAGUUCCAAGCCAAAACUGCUUCCGCGUGAGACUGGCGAGGAUAUCGGAAUGGGCUCACCUGUACCGCUAUCCCAAGAAGCCGUCAAUGUCAUCACGCAACUGCGCAAUAUGAAGGACGAAGAAGAGGAUUGGAGCCGAUGGAGAGACGUUAUCUUCCGUGUCAAGGGCGCGUUAUUGCCGAAGGACCUGGUGAUUCGAGGGCCAGCUAGUCGGCGGAACCGAGACCAAGACACACCCACGUCGAAAUCAAAGAAUGCGUCGGAAGAUUCCGGGGCGAGAACUCUCGACGCGUUGGCUUCCGGCGAAGAUGCGACUCUCAGGCCCACGAUUGGGUCCCAGCCGGACAGCGAUCCGGGACGCUCUGCAUCUGGGCCAGACGCGCUGGGCGGGGCUGAGCCCAUCUCUGGGCUGGGCCUGACCGCUGACGAGGCAGUCGAGCGUGCUUCCCAGAUAGAAGGGGCGAUGGAUGAUGUCACGGCUGUGCUCGCAGAAAGUGCGUACUGCCCCGAGUGCUAUCUGCCGCUGCAUCCGGAUCCCAAGCCUGAGAAGUUAUACAUCUUCCUGCAUGCGCUGCGGUACAGAACGAGCCUGGGUGAAUUCGCCACGGAAAUGCCGAAUUGGGCGGCAGAGGAUUGGGAAUGGGAUAGGACAUAGACCGGGUGUUUUGCUACCUUGUUGAUUUGUUCGAGGAAAAGAUGGGUGGACGGCCGAGGACGAAGUGUCUGCUGACAUCCGUCGCGCGCGGAAAACCUGAGAUCAGCCACGAUCCCUGGGAUGUCAGUCAGCCUUGCUAUGCCCCCGGUGCACAAAUACUUUUGGACAUCCCGUGGUGGGAGCUUGGCUCUGUGUGAAACGUCGUUCAUUAUUUGCCGCAACGUAACGCGGUUGAGCCAGCUGCAGCAGCCCAGUUUUUUGUUCGGACGAGAGAAGAACGACCGUUUCAUACAUACAGGCACCAUGGGCUUCAAGAUUAACGCCACCGGCGCUGGGCGAGAUCUGAGCCCGUCACUCCGAGCAAAUGAACGUUCGGGCAAUAACAGGGCUCGGCCGAGCGUCAGAUCUCAAUAUGUGUAAUUAUUCGCCGGUGUGCUUCGGAUACUUGCUCUGGCCUAUCCCUUUAAGGCCUGCAUUUUCCGCGGAUAUAAAUGAACCACUCAGCCUUACUUUCUUUCCCCUCUACUAACAAUGGCCAGCCUCGCCUUUCUGCUCUCAGGCGCCUGCGUCCUCUACCUCUGCUGCUCCCUCGUCCUCCGUCGGUGGAGACGAAUCUCCCUCGCCGAGGUACCUGGGCCCGAGCCGGUGUCUUGGCUUUUGGGGAAUAUGCCGCAGCUGUUUGGUGGUCAAGUGGGAGAUGCAGAGUUCAAGUGGCAAGAAAUUUAUGGAGGCGUCGUCCGCAUCAGAGCCCCUUUCGGAGAGGACACAUUGCUCGUGACAGACCCCAAAGCAUUACAGUACAUCUACCAGACGUCGGGCUACCGAUUCCACAAACAACCCGAACGGAUCGAGUUGACGAGAUUGAUCAGUGGCCGGGGCCUUCUCUGGGCAGAUGGGAAUGACCACAAGAGACACCGGAAGGUGAUGCUUCCAGGUUUCAAGUCAUCCGAAGCGAAGGCGCUCGUCCCGCUUUUUUUCUCGUGUGCAGCUCAGAUCGGCACGAAGUGGAAGGAUCUGAUCGCUCAAACACCGGAGCAAGCGACGGUUCUGAACGUGACCGGAUGGGCUUCACGAGCCACGCUAGAUGCUAUCGGCGCAGCUGCAUUUGACUAUUCCUUUGGGGCGAUCGAGAAUGUGGACAACCCAGUGGGCUCAGCCUACAACAGCCUCUUUACCGACACAUUCGCUUCUCUCUCUGGCGUGAGCCUGCUUGCUCUUGGGGUGCUUCAGUAUGUUCCACGUCGGAUGCGGGAAUUUCUGGUCGAUCACAUUCCCGCCCGUGGCCUGAAACACAUCCGAUACGCAGCCAGAGUGACGAAACGCGUCGCGCGAGAGCUGGUCGCCUCCAAGUCGGCCGCACUCCUGCAAGGGAAGGGCAACCGGGACAUCAUGAGCUUACUGGUGAAAGCUAAUGCGUCCGAGAACGAGCAGACCAAGCUCAACGAGGACGAGUUAUUAUCCCAGAUGCAGACCAUCAUUAUGGCGGGCCACGAGACGACGGCGAGCACGUUCAGCUGGGCUGUGCUCGAGUUGGCGCGUCGUCCCGACAUCCAAGCACGACUCAGAGCCGAGAUACGGAGCAUGGAACGUGUGGUUCGGACACACGAGGCUCGGGAGUUCAACAGUUCUGACAUCGAGAAGAUGCCCUACCUGGAGGCGUUCGUCAAAGAAGUGCUACGGUUCCACCCCGUCGCAUUCAGCAAUUACCGACAGAGCGCCAACGACGAUGUGCUACCGCUCUCGAAGCCCAUGACGCUGACCUCCGGCGAAGUCAUCUCAGAGUUGCCGAUUCCUAGAGGCAUGAAGGUCAUGAUAUCGAUCGCAGCUUACAACCGCAACAAGGAAAUCUUUGGUCACGACGCGCAUCUCUUCAAUCCCGAGCGCUGGCUCAAUGGCUCAAUGCGGAAACCGGACACACCAGUCGGGGUUUACGCCAAUUUAUUGACAUUCGCGGGUGGGCUGCGCACUUGCAUCGGGUGGAGAUUCGCGUACUGCAUUUCAUUUUGCCUCGACGCUCUCAUCCAAACUCACGCUCCCAUCCGCAGCGUACUCGAGCUUCACGCUUUCCUGAUCGAACUCGUCGGCACAUUUGACUUUUCGCUGACACCUGAAGCAAUGCGAAUACGUAGGGAGGCAUGCGUGGUCAUGGCCCCGACAGUCGAGGGUCAGCGAGACAAGGGGACUUGCCUGCCCCUCCGAGUCUCGAUAGCUUCAAGAGAGGAUUCCUGAAGCCUAUAGUCGAAUUGAUUUCAACUCGGGUCUGACUUAGCUUAUACUGUAUUGCAAUGUGAGACUAGCUCGCAAAUGACA